UACCAGAGAUGGCGGAACACGUCACAGCAGCGCUUUCUCCGGCCUUGAGCCCGAGCUCCGAGCCGCCGUCCGAUGCACUCUCUCCCACAGCUGGCGGGACGGAGCGGCUCCUGUUUACGCAUGAUCUGGUCUCCGGAAAACACCGCGGAGCGAUGCGCUUCGGGCUUGUACGGAUGAUUCAUGGUGAGGAGGAUUUUGAGGAUUCAGACUCGGAAAUCGGUGGUGAUGGCGGAGGGAGAGGAGGAGGAGGUGGAGGUGGUCGUGAUGGCGGCGGUGGAGGCGCUCCCAGUAACUCGGACAACGAGAGUGGGGCGGCGGACACACGGUCAUGGCCUCUCGGUAGAGGAUUCGUGCGGGUUCAGUGGUAUCCCGAAGGGACGAAACAGGAUGUUAGGGAAACGAAGCUGAAACUUGAAGAUCGAUCUAUUGUGCCAAGAGACUUUGUCCGGCGAAUGAACUCAAAUGAUAAACAGUGUGGUAUUGUGACCAACAUAAACUCUAAAUGUGCAGUGAAGCUUGUAGGAACCAACUGUAUUCUUUAUCCUGUUAAAAGCAAAGACCUGCAGCACGUCUGGUCAUUUAUGUAUGGUGACUACAUUGUUUAUGACUUCUGGCUGGGAAAGGUAUAUGAUCUCAGCAUCCAAAUCAUUGUGAAGCUUUCCAAUGGAGCACGGUGUUCUAUGAGUGAGGAGGACUGUGCCAAACUCUAUGAUAUUUACCCUCACAUUAGUGAUGUGGGUUUGUUCUUUGAUGAUGCAUAUGGGUUUUACCCAGGCCAGGUUUUGAUUGGGCCCUCGAAGGUUUUCUCUAAUGUGCAGUGGCUUUAUGGUGUAAAGCCAGUUCUCAGUAAGAAAAGCAAGUUCAGGGUUGUUGUGGAGGAGGUUCAGGUGGUGGAGCUAAAGGUGACGUGGAUUACAAAAAGUUACUCUCCAAAAGGACCAGACAGUGUCUUCCCACCACCCUCAACCAUCACACAGGAGAACCUUGGCAGAGUGAAGAGACUGGGCUACUUUGAUCACGCUCAGAGGCAGCUGGGAGAGAGGGCCCUGUACGUGUUUCCUGCCAAGAGUGAAACCACACGCAUCACUUGUGAAGGGCCAGAGGGAACCCCUGCUCACCCUGAGGACCCUGUUGUUCGAAAGUUAAAAAGAAUGUUUAAAAAGGAACCAGGGAAGAAAAUAACAGAAAAUUCAGACACUCAAAAUAACAGCUCACAGACAACAGAGAAAGCGGACAACACUAAAGGUGAGGAGAGGUCAAUGCAGGGAAAAGACUGUGCUGAUGACAGCUCCACCCCAUGCUGCCCCAACAAUGGUCCCGUUCCAUGCCCAGAUGAUCUGGAGGAGGGGAAGGAGCCACUUGCAAAUGCUUCCCAGGGACAGUGGACUCAACUGGGGGAGCAAGAGUCAGAUGAGGAGGCAGGGGAUGACACAGAUGAUACCAGCUCCAUCACUUCCUCUGCUAGCUCUACAGCAUCACUGCAGAGUGGCCUGACCCGGAAGAAGAGCAUCCCCCUUUCCAUACGAAAUCUUAAGAGAAAGCACAAGAAGAAGAGGAUGAAGUUUUCUCGCGAGUUUAAACCAGGAGACAGGGUGGCUGUAGAGGUCGUUUCCACUGUGACCUCUGCUGAUGUGAUGUGGAAGAACGGUGUAUUACACACAGGCAUCCGCUCCAAUGACCUGAUUCCAGUUCAACAUUUAGACAACCACGAGUUCUGCCCUGGAGACUAUGUUGUAGACAAACGAGCCCUGGGUCUUCAGGAUCCAAGUGUCUAUGGAGUGAUUCAGUCAGGUGAUCAUAAGGCCAGGACCUGUGUAGUCAAGUGGGUCAAACUCAAUGCUGCAGGCAACGAUGUUGAGGUGAUUGGAGAGGAGGAGGAUGUUAGUGUCUAUGACAUUACUGAUCAUCCUGAUUUCCAUUUUCACACGACGGAUAUUGUCAUAAGGAUCGGCAAUUCAAACCCAGAGGACUGUGAAAAUGAGAGGUCUGUUGGCCAGGUGUGCAGGGUGGAACUGAGCAGUAAAGUGGAGGUUGUGUGGGCUGAUAAUUCUAAGACAAUAGUCCUGCCACAGCAUUUGUAUAAUGUGGAGUCUGAGAUUGAAGAAACUUAUUAUGACUCGGCAGAGGGCAGCAGUAGUGGUGCCUCUUCUGAAGAAUGGGAGGAUGAGAGUGAUAGCUGGGAGACAGAUAACGGACCAGUGGAGGAGGAACCAGGAGGGGGAGGUGCUGCCCCAGUCUCCUACCCCACCGCAGGUGAUGGCAAAAUCCACGGCAUAAAUGCCUCCACAAUCACUGACUCACCUGGAGCCAUCUCAACACCUGAGCUGCCUGGAGGUGGAGGUGGAGUCACAGCAUCUGAAGAGAAGCCCAGCAAAGAGACUCCACCACGGGGUUUCCGUGAGCUCAAAGAGGCCUUAAAGAUUUUGGAGAGUCUGAAGAACAUGACUGUUGAGCAGCUUUGGACCGGAUCACCUAUCUCUCCUACUGCGGAACCUACAGCUGCAACCUCUGCCACAAUGCCUGCUGAUGCCAAACCCACAAAGGAAAAACGCUUCCUGGAUGACAUUAAAAAACUUCAGGAAAACCUGAAGAAGACUCUGGACAAUGUGGCCAUUGUGGAGGAAGAAAAGAUGGAGGCUGCUAUGGAUGAGGAGAGGGCAACAGUGUCAGUACCAGCUGAACCCCAGACGCCUGUGUGUUCUGAGUGGCCCAGUGACACACCUGUUUUGUGUCAGCAGAGUGGAGGCAAACCAGGUGUCACCUUCACCAGUGCUAAAGGGGAAGUGUUUUCCGUUUUGGAAUGGGCACCAGACACCCAUUUAUUUAAAAAAAUGGAAUUCCAGCCAGCAGAAGCAAAGAAGUUCUUCAGCACUGUAAGAAAAGAAAUGGCCCUGCUGGCCACCUCUCUGCCUGAUGGCAUUAUGGUGAAGACUUUUGAGGACAGAAUGGACCUUUUCUCAGCUCUCAUUAAGGGCCCUAACCGCACGCCCUACGAGGACGGACUUUUCCUCUUUGAUAUCCAGCUCCCUAAUAUCUACCCUGCUGUUCCUCCUCUCUUCCGUUACCUUUCUCAGUGCAGCGGGCGACUUAACCCAAACCUCUAUGAUAAUGGGAAGGUCUGUGUUAGUCUGCUUGGCACCUGGAUUGGAAAGGGCACUGAAAGAUGGACCAGCAAAUCCAGUCUACUCCAAGUGCUUAUUUCUAUACAAGGUCUGAUCCUGGUCAACGAGCCGUACUAUAAUGAGGCCGGCUUCGACAGUGACCGAGGCCUUCAGGAGGGUUAUGAGAACAGCCGCUGCUACAACGAGAUGGCGCUCAUUAAGAUGGUGCAGUCUAUGACUCAACUUCUCCUGCAGCCUGUGGAGGUCUUUCAGCAGGAGAUUCGAGAGCACUUCGCCUGCUGUGGCUGGCGGCUGGUCCAUCGGCUAGAGUCCUGGCUGGAUUUGGGUGGGACAGUGACUGACCGCAUGUCCCGAUGUGGUGGUGGCGGCAGCGGCAGCCUCCGUGCAGAGCCUCUAGAGGAGAUCCACACAGCUCUGGCCCACAGCAGUCCAAGUAAGCAGGAUGUUCAGUGCGAAGAAGAGCUUGAGGACUCUGGGCUCAGCUCAUCCACGUCAGCGGCCAAUGGACCUCCUGGGGGGCACCAGGACCUGAGCCAGAGCUCAGAUUGUGACAGUUCAAUGGUGGGUGUUGCAAAAUCAGAAAUGCCAGAAAGUUCUGACGGGUUGUCUGGUUUUUUGACAUCCCAACAAAGUGGAAAACCAUGUCAGGAGUCUCUGCCAGUGGUCAGACCAAAGAAACGGAGAAAGAGCUAUCGCAGCUUUCUUCCAGAGCGCAGUGGCUAUCCAGACAUCGGAUUCCCACUAUUCCCACUGUCCAAAGGCUUCGUAAAAAGCAUGCACGUAAUUCUGCAACAAUAUCGAGCUACUUUGACAGCUGCUGGUGUUCCUGAGCACCCUGAGAACAAAUAAUUGCCCAAAAAAAUUAUUUUUCUCUCUCUCCUUCUCUUUUCCAAGUUAUGACCCCAAGAGCGCCGCUCUGUCCCCUUUAACCCUUGGCCAGCUACUUGGAUCUCCUCAUCAGACUGACAGUGUUCCACAGCAGCCUUUGUUAGUUGCUUUGUAGCACAUUUUAGUUUGCUUUUUUGUUGCCUCUCAUUUUGUUAUGGGAUGGCAGCACACACUAUUGUUUGUACUGAAAAACUGUUGAAAUUUCAUACGCUUCUAUCUUGUUUCCCUGACAACAACCCUGCCGACACAGGAUCUCUCAGGGAGGUAUGAACGAAACAGACAGAUGUGAGACAUUACAGAUGCUGAGGCAUGACUGAAGCUUUUGUUUUGUUAGUGGCUGUGUGAGUAUGAACUGUGCCAGAGGGAAUCAAUUAAUCGUGCCAUGGGAUGCUUCCAUUUAUCCUAGCACUAUUUUGAUGGGUUUACCAUCAUCAAACUCUCACCACAUGUGGUUUGCACAAGUUGGAAGUGGUUCACUUGCAGAAAAAAGGGUGGGGAAGUUAUUGUCAGUGUUUCCAUAAUGUUUCAGAUCACGUGUGUUUUAAGUCCUUGGCUCAUAAAAUAAUGAUAUUUCCAUAGCAUGAGCUCUGUGGUCCAUAUUUCCAUAUCAAGUGCUGCUUGAUGCAUUGCAUUGUCUUUCAAUCUGUGAACAAUAUCAUCAGUUCUUUUAAAGGUUGGUGUUGCUGACUAUUUUUUGACCCAAACAUGCUUCAAGUUGUAUAACUGCCCAGUCAUCGAUACUGUACAGGCCCUGAUCAUUCCUGCUGCUGUUUUACACCGAAACCAGAGUGUCAAGUUUGCAUGUGUUAAAAAAAAGCAGCCAGACACAAUGAACUACUCCGAUUCUUCCAAAUGGAAUUCCCCUUUCUCUCUUCCUCCCCUUCUAUGCCACAACAGAGAAAGAAGAGAUUUGCCCAAUGCAAGAAGGUGCCCUGAAUUGUUCGUGGAAGGCUGAUGAGGACCUAACCCCACCUCUGAUUUUAACCAUAGUGAGCCUGUAAGGCUGAGUAGUCUGCCAGGCAAAAUUGGGAGUACUUUUCAGGUAUCUGCAACUUGUUUCAGAAAGAACAAUUCAAACCUCACAUUUCUGUUUACAUCAACAUCAGGCCAGCUUUAAUUUUAGCACAGCCUGCAGACACGGUGUAUGUUAUGUACUUUUCCACUUUGUAAUGCACAUUAAUAUUCUUAGUUUUGCACAAACAUGAUAGCAUAUUUAUUUCCACUGGGUGAAACACUCCAAUCUGCUGGUUGUCUUUUUUUUCUCUUCAUCUUUGUUUCUCUCUGUAGUUUGGCUAUUGGGCUGAUGCAAGCAGAAGGUGAGAUGUAAUAUACUGCUAAAAUUUUCUGUACUUUAGCAUUUAAAUUCAAUCUUGUUUAUAACAAAGGAAAUAUGCAAGUAUGGGUAUCUUUAGGUGAUGGCCCUGACUUCUUGAGAUUCUUUAGUAAUAUCCUACAAAGAAUUAUUUCAUUAUGCCUUUCAAUAUAAUUUUGAAUUUGUAGCUUACAGUUUGAUAGCUGGAGAAUAAGAAUGCAUUAUCAAAGUGUUUCAUAUGUGCAUUUGAUGAGUUCAUGUGGAUUGAUUUAGCUGGUUAUUUUAUCAAUGCAGAUCCCUUUAAUCCAUCUCAGUAAAAAGGAAAAUAUAUGUUCCACAUACAGAUUAACAUCCUGUAUGUCUAGCUUCUUCCUCAAGACUAUCAUACAUUAGUUCAGCUCUCCAUAUUUUGGUUUCUGUGCAUCUCUGAAAUGUGAAGCUAGGUCUCAAAUGAGAAUCCAGACAUCAACCCUAAUGAAACUGAGCUAUUUUCUGUGUAUGUGUACAAUACUAUGAAUUUAAUCAUACUACUAUGAAGAGAGAUAACAGCCAAAGCAUGUAACAUGUUGCUUUAAGCCUUAAUGGCUACAUGAGACUUGACUGAACAAUGUAAAUAUUUCCACAGUGGCCUGUAUUGGUAAACUAAUAAACAUAUGAUUUGUAGCUUGAA